AUGUCAAGGAAGAAUAAUCGUACUAAGAUUAAGGCGCAAUAUGAGCUCGAGGUGGAGAAAGAACGAUUGCGCAAGGAGAAACUCAUGAAAAAACGUGAACGGAAAGCAAGUGCUCAAAAAGGAAAAGAGACGGUAGUGAAGAAAAUCUCGAGUAAAGUGCUAAGGAGGAUGCGCAUGCGUCUGAUGGAAAAGGAGCUGCGAGGCGAGAUGGAUGUGGAUGAGGAAAUGGAUAAGAAACAAAAGAAGGGCAAGGCCGACAAGAUAUGA